GUGAUCGCAUCGAUGAUGAGUUUGAUUCAGAACCAAGGACAGUUUUUAGGGUGGACAGUUUAUUUGGUCCUUGUUAAGUUUUGAUCUCUGGUUGGACAACAAUCCAACACCUCUAGCUUUCCAUUGGAGCGCAAAUUCUCCAAAACACAGAAAAUGGAGACUUAGGUUAGGACGAUGAAGGUGCCCAGUCAAUUACACUAGGGCAUACAUUAAUGCGUCACGACUUAAUUCCUGUGUGAGCAGAGAAAGAGUUAACAUACGUUAUAUAACACAAUUAUUACCGUAGUCACAUUUUUAUUUACGUCCUACUGCUCGUCAUCCGAGUGCUGUGAGCAGCUGCCUUGUCGUCCAAUCCAAUCUGUAGCCUACAUUUUCAUUACGGAGCAUCACAACCUGAAGGGAAGGCUUGAAAAUCCGACUCGUCAGAAUCUCUCUGGAAGCGCUGCUGCAAACCAGCAAUCCAUUGUGCUUCGCACAGAUUUAGACACAAAUCAGGUCAGCAGGCUCAUACUCCGGGUAUAUUGAUUGCUGUUUACAAAGUGAACACGAGGAACAUCCGUGCAGCCUUGCAGUAACCUCGCUGGAAGGAAUAUUCAUCAAAUAAUCCGGUCGGCAGCAAGUGAGCGCCGUUUCAAGCAGAAUGGGUCCUUUCCAGGAAUACCAGGAACACAAGGUGCCGGAGAAGGAAAGCCACCGCAGUCGCAUCCCCCGUCUGGUCCUCCGCCCUUACCGUCCGAAACAGAAGGGAUCGCCGCUCUCAGACUCACCAUUUUCCGAAGAGGAGAGCAGGGACUGCGACCUCAGCUCUGACCACUCCAAAAGAACCAUUAGCACACACAGUUUUUGUUCAGAUGACACCGGGUGCCCCAGCAGUCAGUCGGCGUCCCCCUCAGGCUCGGAGAAUAGCCCGCUAGGGUCCCCCUCGCCCGGCGAGCGAAAGGUGAAGGUGAAGAGGGUGCGGGUGGACGUGAUGGCGGAGUGGAGCGCGCCCCCACCGAGGCACAAGAGGGAGCAGAGGUCAUCCAAGCUGCCCAAAGGUAGCGAGGCGGACUUCAGCUCCUCCAGCAGUGCAGGAAGUGUUAGGACCCGGGAGACCCGGGAGACUGGCAGCUCCACAGGGAAGAAAGCAUCUUUUUCACGCACUCGUGGUGCCCACAUCAGGAGUCUCCCAGUGCAAAAGCAAACGGGGACCGUAGCAACUCUCCGGGACAAGGAGCUGUACGGGCUGUACAGAUCGCCCCCUCACACCCCGGUGUCCUCCAACAGCAGCAGCAACUCGGGUUCGAGCCCUACUACCAGGAGGUCCAGCGCUGUGCGCUACCACUCCUGCGGGGACAACCACGGCAUCAAGCCCCCGAACCCGGAGCAGUACCUGACCCCACUCCAGCAGAAGGAGGUGACCAUCAGACACCUGAGGAGCAAGCUGAAGGAGUCUGAGUGCAGAGUCAGUGAAAGGGAGUCUGAGAUCGAGGAGCUGAAGGCGCAGCUGGGCCGGAUGAGAGAGGACUGGAUUGAAGAGGAGUGCCACCGUGUGGAGGCCCAGCUGGCCCUGAAGGAGGCCCGCAAGGAGAUCAAGCAGCUGCGGCAGGUGGUGGAGACCAUGAAGAACAGCCUGAUGGAGAAGGACAAGGGCAUCCAGAAGUACUUCAUCGACAUCAACAUCCAGAACAAGAAGCUGGAGUCGCUGCUGCACAGCAUGGAGAUGGCGCAGAAUGGCUCCCUGCAGGAGGAGCCCACCCUGGACUUCAUCUGCGACUCCUCGCCCGGCAAGGCCCUCGCCGAGCUGGAUCACGGCCCUGCUCUGGAGGACCAGGCCGCCGAGAAGAUGGCGGACAGCAGCCUGCUGGUCGACGACGAGAUGGCCAACCGGACGGACAUCCUGGAGCACGUGCUGAUGUCGACGGCGGUCGACUCCAGCCAUGACCUGAAGCUGGGGGUGUCGCAGGCCAGCCUGCUUCAGAUCUCGACAGAAAAAGCUCCACCCCUCCCUGCCAGUGUGCCCCUCCCCGCUGACAUGCCCCCCGGCGAGCCGCAGAGCACCCUGGAAGAGAAGUCCGUCCAGACGGAUGUCGUCUCCUAUACCCCUGACCUGCAAGCUCUCCUGCUCCACCUGCUGAAACUGCAGAGCGGUGACCGCCCCGGGCUUAUCCCUGGUCUCCCGGAGCUUCCGAUGUUCCAGAGCCCGGACGCCGCUGCGGUGACGGACCUGACUCCCAGCGACCCUUCGUCUGUCAUCCUGGUCACUCCGGAGGAGUCCACCGAUCAGGGCCAGCCUUCAGAGACCACAGAGGGCCAGCACCCAAUGGCUGCGCAGGAUCCUGGCACGCCAUCAGGGGAGGAGGAGAAGGGCCAGUGCACAGCGCUGGUGGAGAAGCACUACUGGAGUAACAGCUUCCUGGUGGAUCUGGUUGCCCUGGCAGCACCAAUGGUGCCCACAGUGGCCUGGCUCUAUUCCAAACAUCGGGGCCAGGGGGCGCCGGUGUACAACAUUGGCACUCUGAUCCGAGGUUGCUGCAUUGUUGGCCUGCACUCUCUCCGCCAAGUCUCCUUGGGGCCAGUCAUCUAAUACGCUCUCGCUGCAUGCAGAGACUGACAAUAAUAGAGCACUUCAAGAUUUAGUUAGUAAUGGUUAGCUUGUUUUCUACACUAGUGUACAUAUCUAAGUAUAUAUUUUCGUUGCCACCUUGUAAGUUUUUAAUUUGCACUGUGUACAGUUGCCAUGAGUCAAGACAAUGUUAAAUGAAAGGGAGUUUUUGUUUUUCUUCCCCUUUUCUUCAGUUUGUUGGAACCCUGAUUGUUUAAACUGAUCAUCUGGGUAGGUGGUUUUGUUAUAAAUAUUUGAAAAUCCUUUGCUGCUUUAUUUAUUUAUUCCUCUACUUUUUAAACAGUAUUUUUAUGAGGGGUGGGGGAGGGGAGAGGGGCAGAUGAUCAAAUACUGGAAUGAGUUUGAGAUUUUGUGCGGAAAUAAGGUUUGUAUGGAGUUAUACCUAGUUUGUUCUCAAAAAGUCCUAAACCUUCAGCCAAAGCUUUAAUGACCUUCACUGUUUGUGUUUAGUGAAGAUGUAUUUUCUCUCUGGUGUUAGAGCUUUUUGUAUGUUACGUCUGUGUGUUGACUUGUUCAUGGAAAAAAAAUGUUAAUGCUACCGUGCAGUUGACACUUGUUAUGUGCCUGAACUAUGUGCAAUACCAUUUUACUACUUACAUCAGAUGUCCUAAUAUAUUUAUUAUUAAAGCAUGAUA